CCAGAAUGCACAGAGACUCGAACACAGAUGCAUUUUCAUGCAUGUGGAAAUAGCGGCGGGUUCCGUUUCAAAGUGUCAUUUUAGGUACGAAGACAACGAAAUAAAAACUCAGAUGAAUGAAGUGCCCGCUUGAUGCUCUGCUAGCGAAGAUUGGAUGAAGUCUUAAGCUUGGCGGUCAUGGCAGCGUUUGAAUUGUAUACUAAGUAUGCCCGAGUGUGGAUCCCCGACUCAGAAGGCGUGUGGAAGCCUGCAGAGCUGACCAGGGACUACAAGCAAGGGGACUCUGUGCUGCAUCUGCUGUUGGAGGAUGGAAUGCAUGUCGAGCAUCCCUCGGACCCCGAAGUGCCGAACCUACCCCCCCUUCGGAACCCUGACAUUCUGGUGGGCGAGAAUGACCUCACCGCUCUCAGUUACCUCCAUGAGCCUGCCGUCCUUCACAACCUCAAAGUGCGCUUCAUCGACUCCAAGCUCAUCUACACUUACUGCGGUAUUGUCCUGGUGGCCAUCAAUCCCUACGAAAACCUCCCGAUCUAUGGAACGGACAUCAUCAAUGCCUACAGUGGCCAAAAUAUGGGCGACAUGGAUCCCCACAUCUUUGCCGUGGCAGAGGAAGCUUACAAGCAGAUGGCCAGGGAUGAACGGAACCAGUCCAUUAUCGUCAGCGGGGAGUCCGGCGCUGGCAAGACCGUCUCUGCCAAGUACGCCAUGCGCUACUUUGCCACGGUCAGCGGGUCCGCCAGCGAGGCCAACGUGGAGGAGAAGGUGCUGGCAUCCAACCCCAUCAUGGAGGUAACGGGCUCCAGCUGGGCCAUUGGAAACGCCAAGACCACUAGGAAUGACAACAGCAGUCGUUUUGGGAAGUACAUCGAGAUCGGAUUUGACAAGAGGCACCGCAUCAUUGGAGCGAAUAUGAGAACCUAUCUGCUGGAGAAAUCGCGGGUGGUCUUCCAGGCAGAAGAUGAAAGGAACUACCACAUCUUCUACCAGCUUUGUGCCUCCUCCCACUUGCCGGAGUUUCAGGCCCUUAAAUUAGGCAGUGUGGAGGACUUCUUGUGUACCAACCAGGGUCGGAGCCCGAUUAUCGAGGGUGUGGACGACGCCAAGGAGAUGUCCAUGACCAGAAAUGCUUUCACCUUGCUGGGGAUCAAUGACUCGUAUCAGAUGGGAGUGUUUCGGGUGCUGGCUGCCAUUCUCCAUCUUGGCAACGUGGAAGUGAAGGACCGGGAUGCUGAUAGCUGUACUAUCCAGCCUAACAACGGUCACCUGAUGGUCUUCUGCGAGCUCCUGGGUGUGGCGUAUCAGGACAUGACCCACUGGCUGUGCCACAAGAAGCUGAAGACCACCACGGAGACCUACCACAAGCCCCUGCCCAAGCUGCAGGCCGUGAACGCCCGGGACGCCCUCACCAAGCACAUCUACGCCAAGCUCUUUGGCUGGAUCGUGGAUCGCGUCAACAGGGCCCUGCAGUCCUCUGUCAGGCAGCACUCCUUCAUUGGGGUGCUGGACAUCUAUGGGUUUGAAACCUUCGAGGUUAACAGCUUUGAACAGUUCUGUAUAAACUAUGCCAAUGAGAAGCUGCAGCAGCAGUUUAACAUGCACGUCUUCAAACUGGAGCAGGAGGAGUACAUGAAGGAGCAGAUCCCCUGGACGCUCAUUGACUUCUACGACAACCAGCCCUGCAUCAACCUGAUCGAGGCCAAGAUGGGCAUCCUGGACCUUCUCGAUGAAGAGUGCAAGAUGCCCAAAGGCUCGGAUGACUCAUGGGCUCAGAAGCUGUAUAACACGCACCUGAAGAUGUCCCCCCUCUUCGAGAAGCCCCGCUUGUCAAACAAGGCCUUCAUCGUGCAGCAUUUUGCAGACAAGGUGGAGUAUCAGUGUGAGGGAUUUCUGGAGAAAAACAAGGACACUGUCAAUGAAGAGCAGAUCACUGUGCUGAAAGCAAGCAAGUUUGAGCUGCUGGUAGAGCUGUUUCAGGAUGAGGACAAAUCGACUAGUCCGGUCGGAGCCCCUUCUGGUGGCCGGACACGGCUCAGCGUCAAACCCAACAGGACUCACCCUGGCCAGUCUAGUAAGGAGCACAAAAUGACUGUGGGGCUGCAGUUUCGUAACUCACUCCAUUUGCUGAUGGAUACCUUGAACGCCACCACCCCUCACUACGUACGCUGUAUCAAGCCAAAUGACUUCAAACUGCCCUUUACGUUUGACCCCAAGAGAGCAGUACAACAGCUCAGAGCAUGUGGUGUCCUGGAAACCAUCCGAAUCUCUGCAGCUGGGUUCCCAUCCAGGUGGACAUAUCAAGAAUUUUUCAGCCGUUAUCGGGUUCUAAUGAAGCAGAAGGAUGUUCUCCCUGACAAGAAGUUAACAUGCAAGAAAGUUCUGGAAAAGCUGAUCAAGGAUGAGGACAAGUACCAGUUUGGCAAGAACAAGAUCUUCUUCCGCGCGGGUCAGGUGGCCUACCUGGAGAAGCUGCGAGCGGAUAAGCUGCGGGCAGCCUGCAUCCGCAUCCAGAAGACCAUCCGCUGCUGGCUGCAGCGCAAGAAGUACCUGCGCAUGAAGAACUCUGCUAUCACUAUCCAGAGACACGUGCGCGGCUACCAGGCGCGAUGCCUGGCCAAAUUCCUGCGACAGACCAGGGCAGCCAUCAUUAUCCAGAAAUACCAGCGCAUGUUUGUGGAGAGGAAGCACUACAAGCAGCAGCUGGCUGCAGCCCUCAUCAUUCAGUGCAUCCUGCGGGCAUACAUGGCCAGGCAGCAGUACAGGAUGCUUCUCCGGGAGCAUAAGGCAAUCAUUAUCCAGAAGCACAUGCGUGGCUGGAUGGUGCGGCAGUGGUACAACCGCUCCCUGGCCGCCGUGGUCUACCUGCAGAGCUGCGUGCGCCGUAUGAGGGCCAAGCACGAGCUCAAGAAGCUGAAGAUCGAGGCGCGCUCCGUGGAGCACUUCAAGAAGCUCAACAUCGGCAUGGAGAACAAGAUCAUGCAGCUGCAGCGUAAGGUGGACGAGCAGCAUAAGGAGAACAAGGCCAUCACCGAGCGCCUGGUGGGCCUGGAGAGCUCACACACAGUGGAGAGCGAGAAGCUGCGUGCCGAGGUCACCCGUCUGCGCAGCACCGAAGUGGAAGCCAAGAACAACGCUGGCCGCAUUGCCGCCCUGCUGGAGGAGCUGGAAGCCCUCCGCACCGAGAAGAGUGUGAUCGAGGAGUGGGCGGAGACGUACAGAGAUGAGAUGGAACAGAUGGUGGCAGACCUUAAAGAGCAGAACACGCUGCUCAAGAGCGAGAAGGACGAGCUGAACCGGCUGAUACAGGAGCAGGCAGAGCUGAUGGCAGAGAGGAUGCAAAGGGUUCUGCAGGAAGAGACCAGGCAGCUUGAGAAUGAGCUGAACGAAGAGCGCUCCCGCUACCAGAACCUGCUCAGUGAGCACCUGCAGCUGGAGGAACGCUACGAUGACCUCAGGGAGGAGAUGAACUUGACCUUGCAUGUCCCCAAGCAGGGCCGGCUGAGGACCGACUCCACCCAAAGCAGCAACGAGUCAUACAACUCGGAGCUCAUCGAGUCUGAGGAUGGCUCUCGUGGGCUCGAGCUACAGAAGAGGGAUGAUGAGCAGGAGAAGCAGUCCAUGCAGGACAAGCUGGAGCGAGGAGAGGGCCAGUUCCAGCGGGCCGGAGGCAGGGAUGACGAGGAGCUCAAGGUGUGUCGUGGGGCAGAGCUGGAGUACGAGUCCCUCAAGCGCCAAGAGCUGGAGUGCGAGAACAAGAAACUCAAGCACGACCUUAACCAGAUGCGGCAGCUGCUGAUGGACGAGGCCCCCGUAAUCAGCACGGGGACGCCAUCACCUGCUUACAAGCUGCUCCUGGACCAGUUGAACUCAGCCAGUGAGCAGCUGGACGUGUGCAAGGAGGAGGUGCUUGUUCUGCGCUCCCAGCUGGUGAACCAGAAGGAAGCCAUGCAGCAGAAGUGUGAAAAUGAACUCUGCGUGGGCUCAUUAGUGCACCGACACGUGGAAAUAUCAGGAACAUCAUUGCAGGAGACGAAGGAGCUAACGCUGUCCUACACGGAGGAGGUGCAGCAGAUGAAGGGUGAAGGAGAGGUAACAUGCAUGAAGGAGAGCCACAGGGUGCUGGAGGCGCAGCUGCAGACCCAGAGGAGCAACUAUGAGAAUGAGCUGGAGGUGUUGCGUGGGGAGCUGCAGAACCUGAGGGAGGAGAACAACCGACAGCAGCAGCUCCUGGCCCAGAACCUGCAGCUGCCCCCGGAGGCUCGCAUCGAGGCCAGCCUGCAGCAUGAGAUCACACGGCUCACCAACGAGAACAUGGAGAUGCUCACUGACCACAAGAGCGAAUACAAGGUCCGACUGUUGCUAUGGCAACGGAUUGCCGAUCUCAUGGAUCAGCUGGAGAAGCAGGAGAAGAUCAUCCGCAAAUUCAAGAAGCAGCUCAAGAUUUUUGCCAAGAAGAUCGGCGAACUGGAGGGGGGACAGACAGAGGCCGUGUCCCCGGGACAGGUGUCCGACGAGCCGGUGCAGCCUGUAAACAUCCCUCGCAAGGAGAAGGACUUCCAGGGAAUGUUGGAGUACAAGAAGGAGGAUGAGGUGAAGCUAGUAAAGAACCUCGUUCUGGACCUGAAGCCCCGCGGUGUGGCCGUGAACGUCAUCCCUGGCUUGCCGGCCUACAUCCUCUUCAUGUGCCUGAGGCACUCCGACUACAUCAACGACGAUCAGAAGGUUCGGAGCCUGCUCACCUCCACCAUCAGCAGCAUCAAGAAGAUCCUGAAGAAACGGGGCGACGACUUUGAGACCAUUUCCUUCUGGCUCUCCAACACCUGCCGCUUCCUGCACUGUCUGAAGCAGUACAGCGGCGAGGAGUCUUUCAUGAAGCGCAACACCCCCAGACAGAACGAGCACUGCCUCACCAACUUCGAUCUGGCUGAGUACCGUCAGGUGCUGAGUGACCUGGCCAUCCAGAUCUACCAGCAGCUCAUCAGAUGCAUGGAGACCAUCCUGCAGCCCAUGAUCGUCUCUGGCAUGCUGGAGCACGAGACCAUCCAGGGGGUGUCAGGGGUGAAGCCCACAGGCCUCCGCAAGCGGACGUCCAGUGUGGUGGACGAAGGCACCAACACGCUGGACUCCAUCCUGCGGCAGAUGACUGUCUUCUACUCCGCCCUGUGCCUGCACGGCACCGACGCGGAACUCAUCAAGCAGGUUUUCCGUCAGCUCUUCUACAUCAUCGGCGCCGUCACCCUCAACAACCUGCUUCUGCGUAAGGACAUGUGCUCCUGGAGCAAGGGGAUGCAGAUCAGGUACAACGUGAGCCAGCUGGAGGAGUGGCUCAGGGAGAAGAACCUGGUGACCUGUGGCGCGAGGGAGAUGCUGGAGCCCCUGGUCCAGGCGGCGCAGCUACUUCAGGUCAAGAAGAAAACGGACGAGGAUGCCGAGGCCAUCUGCUCCAUGUGCCAUAACCUCACCACCGUGCAGAUUGUUAAAGUGCUGAACUUGUACACUCCUGUGAAUGAGUUUGAAGAAAGGGUUUCAAUAACGUUUAUUCGAACGAUACAAACACGCUUACGAGAUCGGAAGGAGUCGCCCCAGCUACUCAUGGACACCAAAAUCAUCUACCCCGUCACAUUCCCCUUCAACCCCUCCUCGCUCGCCCUGGAGACUGUUCAGAUACCGUCUAGUCUGAAUCUGAGCUUCCUCGUACGAGUGUAGAAGAAUCCGCUGUCAGAGAUGACUGCAGAUCUGGGGGACUUUUGUGCGUUUACCAAGCAUCUGUGAAUCUAGCUCAGGUGUCCGAGUCUCAGCUAGAGACCCUGUUAAAAUCAUAUGCUUAGUAGAAAAAAAGUCUUACAAUAAAAAGCUUUGCAUAAUUCCAAACAGAUUUAUGUGACAUUUAAGAUACAACUUUUAUUUUGGGGAAGGGGGUGUUGGAGCCUUGUACGUUAUAGUUAAAAAUGAAGGAAGUGCGCAGUCUGAGGUGGGAACUCGGAGACAAAGCGAACUGCAUUCGUAAUUUAAAUUAGUUUAUUAACUAGGAAUUACUGCGUAAUACACUACACAAAGAUUAUAUGCAGAUAAAGAAACCUCGUGGGAUAAGUAACAUUACCACUAUUUAUUAUACACAUAUACAUUAAAUAGAAAAUCUAUUUUAAAAAACUGAAUGGUCGAUUAAUGGACUGAUUAACGUGAUUGUGUGUUUGCCUGUACUGCGAUUUCAGCACGCUUAGGUAGCGUCAUACUGCAGCAAAGUGCUCGUAUGCUGAUCUGUGCGGGUUUAAAUAUCACUGCCGAUAAACUGGAUGGGAGCCUUACAGCACAUGUCGCUCUGUCGCCUUCGUGCGCUGCACUGUCAGUCUGCUUAAAUAGGUUUAUGUUUCUAUACUCAUGCUGUGGAUUUCAACGCCGGUACGGAUGCUGAAGUUUGGCCGUCGCUUUUCCCGGUGACGGUAGCGGUGGGCCGGCAUCACCGUUCGCCGUCUACGCGGCUCCGGACUCCGCCGCAGGGGGGCGCACUACCGCCACACCGGUCCGGUUGCAACCUUGCAUUUCAGUCAAUAUGUUUUUCGCUCUUCAAUACCUCUUUGCUAUAUCUUACAUCGCAGAUAACAUUGAUCAUAUGUAUAUUUGAAAAUCUUGUAUGGGAAUAUUUUAGUCUUUCUCAGCUUUUACCUAUGUAUUUGUAUUAUUUUUUUCAAAAACCUUAAUGACAUUAUUAAAUGCAAUUUUUCACUGCAAGCCUUUUUCUCGAAAGUAAUAUAUGUUGCCAGCAUAUGCACUACGAAAGCUGGUAAGCGGCUGUAUUUCCUUAACAUGAUACGAUUCCUUCUUCAAACUUUGCUUAAGACGUUAAAUAUUGGUGAGACUUGAUUACUGAAUAAAUGUUGCAUAUCUUUCAACUGUUCAGUGUUCUUGCUGCCUUCACGCUUUGACGUCCUCUAUGUGUGGUUUGUACAGUUUAUCCACAGAUUUCCCAAACUUGAACCUGCAGAUCCAUGAUUUUUUUUUUUUUUUUUUUUUUUUUUUUUUUUUUUUU